GGGCAAAGUGCUGCUGGGCGGUGCUGAUCCGAGCCCUCGAGCUCGGCAGGCCCGGCAAGAGUGGCGACUUCGACGGCGGCGUCAGCCUCGACCCGCCCAGGCACCCGCCGUCGGUCCCAGGGCUGGAGGUGAUCGUCAGGCAGCGCGGGGAGCGGGGCCGCGCGUUCCUUUUCGACCACGCGACGUUGCUCAGACACUGGCGGGCCACCUGCAGGAGGCUCGGCCCCGACCUCCUCCGGGUGGCGCCCUACUGCUUGAGGCGCGGGGGCGCGUCGGAGGAUCGGGCAAGCAGUUCUCGCCCUCUGCUGGAGGCGAUGAGCGAGCAG